GUUCUAAGUAACAUGCAUUUGAAAGGUUUUGUUUUGAUUUGAACAGCAAUAGAUAUUAAAAAUAUUAGUUUAUAAAUAUUUUUAUUCUAACUAAACGUGCACGUGCAGUUCUAACACAACGUUUUGAGUAAACAUGGACACUGAAAUUUCAAGUACGUCUAAAGAGCGCCCAAAACCAGCAAAUUGGACUCAUUUAAAAAGAUGUUUUCAGACCUUAGUAGACCGCAAACAACUAAAUCUAGAUACUGUUGUAUUAGAAUUAAUGUUAAAGAACGAAGUACUAAUAGAUCUAGAUAAACUAGACAAAGUUUUGGCCGUAGUUUUACCGCAUAUGCUCGUUUUCUACAUGAAAAACUGGCCAGGCUGGCAGAAGAGUCCAGAAUAUUACAGUGGUAAACUAAGUUUUAAGGACUGGUUUUUGAAAUUCAGACAGUACUUAAGUGUUAAGUUAAAUUAUUUGAUAAAGAACGGUUAUAGCGAAAUUAUGAAUCAGGAAGAUGAAGCUGAGGUAAACUCCACAGAAGAUAUAGUGCCCCCUACAGAAAUGGCUCCAUUUGUUAUCAACAUACAAGGAGCUCCAAAAUACUUGUCUACUCUGGUAUUUGACGUUAAAAAUAACGAUAUAACAAUACAUCGCCAUUUAGAACCUGAAUGGAAAGGCAUAUCACUAAGAGAAUUCGUGAAUUGGCCAUAUGUGGGGAUGGAAUUUAGAAGUAGCGAAUUUGCCUUUAAACGAUUUAACAGAAAUGAAUGUAGGAGAUGGUUAAAUCUGACUUCUUGUUCUAUGUCUAUCGGAGCAGUUAAAUUUAUAGAGGAAGCCAGGAUUAUUAAUAAAGAGACUAGUAGAUCAGUUCAUUCCCUAGAGAGGAUAUAUGCCUAUUCAAAACAAUUCAUUGAGGUGCUUAACAGCAAUAACUUGAAGGAUAAGAUCGACGCCAACACGUUAGAACUCAUAGAAGUCCUGCUUGAAGAAUUUCUUAAAGACAUCAAAGAAAUUGGCAUCAAUAAUACAUUCGCAACAAAUACUGUAGUAGUAUUUAAUAUUGGACAACAAGCUUAUAUAAGAAACAAGAAACUCGAAAAUAAACAAGCUAACCCAAACAAACAAGUCGGUCUAUGCGAGGUGCUGAUACCCAAAAUGGAAAUCCAGAUGAACUAUUUCUCGGCACUCGAGGACACCACCACAGCACAUACGUCUUUCUGUCAUCUCAACGAAGUGAACAGAUUAGUUACCGACAACGUUCCUUGCUGUACUACAUUUAUACCGAAGUUAAUCUAUAAAUGUCUAUUUUGCAACGUGCAAUUCGACAUGCCGCCGUCCUUAUUAAGUCAUUUUCAACAGCUCCACGGCAUGGAACCUCCUUUUUCGUGCAACAACUGCAAUAAGUCGUUUACUAUUCCUGAAUUGGCUAGAUCUCGAUGGUGUCAUGAAUGCAAGAAAUAAAAUUGAUACGUACACAGACUACAAUCAACCCUAUUCUGUAAAUAAUUGAUGGAUUCGACCGUUAACUUUUCUGUAAUUUUUGGAUUCUGUAACGUUUAACAAAUCGAAUAGAAAUGACCAAGUUGAAUCGUAAUUACCCGAAAUGGUCAUGUUGAAUAUAUAUCGCGUCGUUUUCGUGUUUGGAUUGGCAUUCCGUAACUCACAUCGUAAUUAGUGUAAAUUGAAAACGCCAACUUCUAUUUGACGCGCUCAGGAGGAAGUAACAACACCGCACUGCUAAGUGAAAUAACUGUUCUGUGUGAAGAAUUCAUCAAAAAAGAAGAAAUAUUGGUUUGUUUACGUUAAGUUUGACGAAUUCAACACAAGAACGAAUAAAAAAUGGCAAGUGGAACACCGAUCGGGAACACGAACACCAAUGAGAAAACAUCGGCUGACCAUUUAAAUAGGGAACUUGCAUAAAAUUUUAAGUUCGAAAAAAAUGUUAUAAAUCACAACAGAACAUAAUUUAGAACCUGUAUCAAAGAUAAAAAAGUUUUGUUUGUUUUUCGUUUGGCCCCUAAAGACGACUAAAAAUUCAACUUAUACCUAGACCUCGAUUUUUGACCCUUCGCUUUGUUAUCGAUCAUUCGCUAUCUGUACACUAAACAGAUACGAAACGAAUACGUUCGAUAACGAAGCGAAGGGUCAAAAAUCGAGGUCCAGCCACCUUAAAACGCGUCGUGACGUCACGCCGUUGUAUGUUUACAUUCUACACCAAUUGUAUAUAUAAUUUUAAAUUAGACAUUAUAAACGUCAGUAAAAAUACAGUUAUGUGACGUUAAAAGUGUUUUUGAUCGUUUGAACCAUUCAUAGAAAAUUUGUACUUUUACAAAAUGGUUUUAUUUUCAAUAGUAAACCUUCUUUCCUUUCCUUCAAAAACUGUAUCAAAUUCCAAUCUCAACAAACUGGUAUAUAUUAUUACAACGACAUACGAUAAAUGUAAUUAGAAUAUAAAUAUUUUUCCUUUAUUCCCCGACGACGAGCUGGCCAAAUACCCAAGUAGGUGGAGGCCAAUAAACUAAAGAAGGAGAAGAAGAAUAUACCUAAAUAUAACGCUGUGUCUAGGUACACGCUAACGUGUACGCAAAUAAAAGAAGAGUGUCAGAGUGUUGGAAUUUGUUUAAUCGCGUUGUGUUUACUCUAUAAUUUUAAUAUUGAUUAGUAAAGACAUUUCUUAUUUUUUAUUUGUUUAGUUUUUGUUUUUAAAUUAACUAUGCAGUGUGGACAAUUAUUUAGUUGUUUUAAUGAGUUUAACAACAUUUUAAAACAGUAUGAAAAAGUUAAGAGACUAUAAAUUAAUAUAUAUUUUUUUAGUUAUAAGUGAAAUAGUAUUACCGUCCAAAAUUAAAAUAAAAGGAAGACCUAAAGCUUUUACAAUAAUAAUUAACUUGUUCUGAAGCUAUUUCCUUGUGGCAUUUUGUAAUCAAUUAUUCUAAAUGGGAACAAAGCCACAAUUUAACUAAAAAAACGAUUUUAUUAACGUUUCGAUGUCUAAAUCAGACGUCGUUGUCAAAAUACAAAAUAUUAUUAAAUUAAACAAAAAUGUUGCUUAGUAAAAAUUUUUUUCUAAUAAUUUAUUUAAUCUGAAUAAUUUUUGUAUUUUGACAGUGACAUCCGAUUUGGACGUAGAAACGUUAAUAAAAUCAUUUUUUAGUUAAAUUGUGGCUUAUUUCCCAUUUAGAAUAGUUGAUUAUAAAGGCUGUAUGACACUAUGCAUUUUCUUGUAUCAUUUCUAAUAUCGUUUCUGAUAUGUCAAAAAAAUGUAUAGUGUCAUACACAGAUACAAGAAACGAUAUCAGAAACGAUACAAGAAUUUGUGUCAGGCACAGAUUCUUGUACAAUAACUGCGCCAAUUUCUGCGCAAAGAGCAAAAACGUAAAACCUGCUGGUAAAACUUCUAAAUGUCAUAAUGGCGGCUGAAAAUGAGAUCAUAUGAUUUAUGUCUUGAUGAAUUUAUUUGUGUUUUAUAGGUAUUAUUUAUAAAUAUUUUAUUGAUACUUAAUAUACCGUUUGGUAUGGACUACUGUUCUACUAAUAACCAUAUAUUUAGAAUAACUUUGGGUUUCAUAUUGCAUAAUUUUUUAAUAGAGGAAAAUACAAUAGUUCCAAUUUGGAUCAAACUGAAGAUAAUUAUAAUGCAAAUAUUUUAGCACAAAUAUCAAAACAAAAUAAAAAACACAAAUAAUCAACAGUCAACGUAAAAAUUCUAGUUAUUAUAACAUUAAAAUAUUUGUUUUUAAAAGUUUAUAAAUUUUAUAAAAUCCUUAAAAUCAGCUGUAGACGCAGUACUACCAUACCAAUGUAACGUGACAGGGCGACAAACAAAAUUUCGACCAAUCACGUGCCGAAUUUCAUACAGUUUUCGAUACAAGAACUUGCAUAGUGUCAUACAGGGCACAAAUGUACGUACAAGAAAUGAUACAAGAAAAUGUAUACAAGAAACGAUAUCAGAAACGAUAUUAGAAAUGAUACAAGAAAAUGCAUAGUGUCAUACAGCCAUAAUAAUUACCUUACGUAUAAAAAUUAUUUUAACAAUAUUUUGUACGUGUCAUGUCAACUAAAUACAUAUAUUUAUUUUGCUAACCUAAAUAUAUACUUUUAUAUAUACAUUGAUUUAUUACAAUUAAGUUUGAAAUAUCUGAAUAGUUCUGCUUCCCUUCCCUUAACAAAUAUUUUUCUAUCAAACAAACACUAAACAUAUCAAAAUAGCAUGUACCAAAAUAUACAGUCACUGGCUUGAUGAAGUUUAAUUCGCGUGUACCUAACUUUUUUAUUUGCGUACACGUUAGCGUGUACCUAGACACAGCGAAAUAUAACCAUAAUAAUAACUAAUGUAAAACUAUGUGACGCCACGGGUCGUUUGAACUAUUUUAUACCGCAGAACACUUUAAAUAUGUAUUUCUAAGUUAUUACGAGUUUUUGAAGCGUGAAAUUUUGAAAAUCUCAUUUUCAAACAAAACUGAACAUUAUUAUGUAAUAAAAAAAUGUGCAAGUUUCUUAUUACAUAGUAGACUUUAUCUCUGAACAUAAAAUAUUGCACGGGAAAAGUAAGUUUUUUCCCUAAGAAAAAUUUUUGUUUUUCGUCUGAAACACACUAGAUACGUUGAAAUCGCUAAAUACCAGUAAAUUAAAUUGAGUAGCAAUUUUUAAAAUGUUUAAUGAUUUCUAUUAUCCUUGAUGGUGUAUAAUUAUUGGUAUAUAAAAUUAAAUAUGCAUACAAUCUAAAUAAAUAACAAUACAGACUAAAAUCACUGAUUAACAAGAAAUAAACGUCAAAACAACAAUAAUAAUUCUACUGCGCAAUCGUCAAGACCAAUUACGAUGUCGACAUGUGAUCUCGACAGGGCUUGUGUAGUCGAAAUCAAUUUCUACCCAACGUUCCGAUAGUAGAGGUCGAGAUGAGUUACAGAAUACCAAUUCCUACAAAUUCCGAUCCGACAUGCUGACCUCUAUUCGAUCUGUAGUUACAGAAUAAGCAUGGUAGACUAAGAUAUAAGAAUUCUCAAUUAAAAUCCAUAAGGAAAAAUUUUCCUGUAGCCUGUAUAUUAUUAAUUACAAAAAUUGAAGAAAAAGAUCUUCUGUAUAAAAGGUACAGCUGGUUCCUAAAAAAAAACUGAUACGACUCUUAAAGCGUAUUUUGUAGAAAAUUGAGCAGUGUAUUUUGAAGGAUAAAUACUUAUUAUUUACAUACUGUCACUGUCACUGCCAAAUCUUAAAAUUUGUCAAAUAACUUAUUCUGUUCAACCUCAAAAAUGACUCCACAUGCUAGCAAAGAACUGAAAGCAAGUAUUGUAACGAAAUUAGAAGAUGGUUGGUCACAAUCUGCGUAGCGAACCAAUUUAACGUAAGCAGAACAGUUUUUAAUAUUAAUUAAAAGAUGGAGAGAACAAGAACUCUCGAAAGAAAGCAAGGUUCUGGGAGACCAAAAAUAUCUACCUACCCCUCAUGAAACGCUUUUGGAGAGAUUAGAAGAGAAAUUUUGAAGAUGCGAAAACUGUAAGAAUUCAAAAUAAUAUCAAUAUUUAGACCUUAAUAAUUAUGACAAUUUUUAUGAAUUAACAUAUGUAUUAUAGGUAAUCAGUUGUUUAUUUUAUUAUUUGUCUGUCAUAAUAAAUAUAAUAUAAUGUCAAACCAAUCAAAUACACUGCUCAAAAUGAUCAAAUCUUACUAAGAGUCGUAUCCGUUUUUUUAGGAACCAGCUGUAUGUUAGUUCGAAAACCCCAAUAAAGAGCUACAUUAAAAUACAGAACAUUUUCGCUCUAAAAAGGGCAUCAUCAGUGUUCUAAGCAAGCUCUACAUGCUAAGCUACCAAAAAUACAUGGUUUAAAACCCAUGUAUCCCAGGUUCAGUUGGCUUUCACCUUUCUCUUUAUGAAGACAGAGAAAUCAACUCAACCACCCACAUGCUUGUGGUAUAGUCAUAUGGUGCCUUGAGGUAUACCUUUUAAAUUUCACCCAUCGCCAGGGUUUAAUAAAUAAUAUGCCAAUGUAAGACCUUUGGUCGGCAUUUUAAGGGUUUUAACCCAUGUAUUUUUGGUGGCUUAGCAUAUAGAGCUUGCUUAGAACACUGAUGAUGCUCUCUUUAGAGCGAAAAUGUUCCGUAUUUUAAUGUAGCCCUUUAUUGGAGUUUUCGAACUAAUAUACCUUUUAUACAGAAGAUCUUUUUCUUCAAUUUUUUUUAAUUCUCAAUUACACUGCUGAAAAAAAACCGCUUGAAUUUUUUGUAUUACCUUCAACUGGUACAGAUAAUAUCGCAAAUAUAAUAUAGAUAAAGUGUUCAAGUUGAAGGUAAACAAGCUGAAUUUUGCAGAGAAUGUCUAAUUUUAAACUGUGGCAUAGCCACCUUUACUUUACAAGCCAUGAAGAGAAAAAGGCAACGUCGCAAUUGAUGAUGUCGGUAGUCCGCCUCUCGGACUACCGCUUUCGAAACCAAAAUUUUAAAGAACAAAUUCUGGUAAAAUUUAUAGUAUUUUUUGAGUCGAACAGGAAAAUAUAUUAACUAGAAGUUUGUACAAAAUAAAAUUAAAAGUAAUUCCUUGUAACUAACGUUUAUUAUACAAAAAAAACCAAUGACAAGAAUACGUGUAAAAUACUUUCUUUUAAAUAAAUAAUAUCUUAUUUUAAAUUAUAUCUAACAACCGUCGAUUCUCCAUUAUGAAAUUCUAUUUUGUGACGUCAGCAAAAUAGAAUUCUAUUUUGCGUGCUCUGGGCUCAGGGGUAUUACCAAGCCAUUAAAUAUAAGACAUUUUCUGACACUCAUGGCAAUUAUUAAGUUAAUGAUUAGACUGAAGUUUUAUUUGUAUAUAGUUAAGCUUUUGGAUAUAUCUACUGAAUUUUUAUUUGUACAUUAUAAAAAAAACGUUUUUUUGUGAUUUUUAAUAAUAAAUAAGUUUUGCAAUA